CACAACUACCUGAGUCAGAAAUACACGUCGAGUUGCACAGUGCUACACAACAGACCUACAACAUCCGGGCUAGUCGGCUCACGCAGGAACGGAAUGGCGGCGGAGGCCGGCCUAGGGCAUGUGGACCUGGCCGCCGAGGUCCCAUUCCAUUUGAGAUAGUGAGCUUGGGCAAUGGAGACGGUGGGCCAGAUGGGGACCAGGUCUCUUUUCUGGAGUUGAAGGAGAGGCUCUCCUCCUCCCCAGAAGAUGGCUGCCCAUUCCCACACUGCCCACGACCUGCCCUUGGAGGAACUGUUGGCUCUGUAUGGCUACACAGUGCCUAAUUCAGCCAAGCAGAGCUGUCACGCAGCUGCCACUCUAUCAGACAUGGCCAUGGACAAGAAUCAGAUCACUGAGGACAUCUUUGCUACAGCAGAGGGAGUGGCAUCGUCAGCUGAUGAUCUCACUCCCUCUGUCACCUCCAGUACCUCAGAUCUGCUUCAGCACCUGCCUUCUGGAAACAAAGACACAUCCGUCUGCUCAUCUGACGAGGAGUCUGAUGAUAUCUCCUUCCCCUCCAAUGAAGAGCACAAGGAGAUCAUGGUUGGGUCCAUGUACCAGGCAGCCAUCCCUCCACUCAGUCCGUAUACGUACCAGGAACAAGGUAGGAAUCCCUUGCUUUUGCCGUGCUCUUGGCACCUUAUUUAUACAACUCUGACAUCCCCGUGUCCAGUGUACAACAGCGACGACCAGUUGUUGUGGAGACCAGGUACUCUGCCUCUGCAUGAAGUGGAAGACUUCUUGUUGAAUGUAGCAAGGCCACGUGACCAUGAGGGAGAAAUUUGCAAGCAAACGUGUGCCAACAAUGUCCGAGACAAUGAACAGGCGCUGUAUGAACUGCUGAAAUGCAAUUUUAAUGCGGAGGAGGCACUGCGACGUUUACACUUUAAUGUGAAAGUAGUCACUGAAGAGCUGUGCGGCUGGACUGAGGAGGAGUGUAGGAAUUUUGAGAACGGCUAUAAAGUUUACGGGAAAAACUUCCACCUCAUUCAGGCUAAUAAGGUAAGGACCCGCUCUGUGGGGGAGUGUGUGGAGUACUACUACAUGUGGAAAAAGUCCGUGAGGCACGACUACUUUACUCAACAAGCCACCAGGAUCACUCGAAAGAAGUACACCUUGCUGUCAGGCAGCAUGGAAGACGGAGACCAGGAUGGGUACUCUGGUGACAUAGAUGGAAGUCAUAAUUCUGCCGCCUUACUGUCUCGCAGUAGCUCCACAGUCUCUGGAAAGCUGGCAACCCCCUUACCUCGGCAGUCGAGCCUGGAACUGGACAAACAAGAUGGAGAACUUCUGCCAGAGAUGUGCGGCAACAGCUGUUCUCAGAAUCUGUUUGCCCGCUCCUUCCAUCUGCCCGCCUCGUCAGAUCAGGGGAAUUGCCUCUCUGGCUGUGGCGCAAAAUGGGCCCAGCUCCAAGACCGUCACCCACCGGGCUUCUUCCAGUUCCACAUGCGCAGCGGUCCUUUUAUCACAGAGGACCGCGGCGCUGCAGGUGAUGUGACUGACUCCCCCUUCGUCCGCGGGUGGGACUUCACCUGCUGUGUGCCUCCUCUCUCCCACCUCAUGACCUCCUGUCCCGCUUCUCCACAUUUAUCUCCCUGCUGCGUUUCCCUCCCUUCCAGUGAAAGCACUUGGGAAAAUCCUAAUGAUUAAAGAUGCGUCAGUAGACUGAUUAAAGCAAGCAGAACAAACUUUUUUAAAAAUUGUAGGCUUCCAGAAUACUCUCACAGCUACCUAGAAGCGGUAAGAGUGACGCACAUUCAGCACUGCUUGUUGCUGCUGUAAGUCCAUUCACACAAAGAUCACUUUAUUUCAACACAAACGUCCUGUCUUCGCUGUCAUCCACUCGCUCUCGUUUUGUCUGUUCUGUGUCUGCCUGUGCUUUCCUCCACGGUCCUGUUGUCGCGAAAGACCAGUCAAACGCCAUCAAUAGCUAUUUGUAUUUUUUAAGAUUAUCAUCAGCUCAUAGUCCACAACGGGGUUUUUAUUUACACAUCUGACUCAUAGAGUAGAACUUGGCUGCUUGCAACAUUCCCACUAAGUUAAUUGUGGAAGAGUUGAAAAAGUCACAUUCAGUGUGCCGCAAACUUAAAAGGUAAGAUUGGGACCUUUUUUUUUUUUAAAUACAGAUACAGAUUCAUUGUUUCAUCAUGAAUUCAAGGGCAUACGUAUAAGUAGAUAAACAGGGAAUUAGUUGCACAAGCAUUUGCCAAACAAUACCCAGGGUUACGCUGGAUUCAUCCAGUUUAUAUUGACAUUUUAUUAAUUUGACUGGCUAAUUGGACUCACUUGGUUAGGCUACAUUAGCUCAUAUCAUCCUCAAUAUAAACAUGACUAUCCUAGAUUUAUCUUGGGUUAAACUGGACUCGCAGUGAUUAUAGACAUUACAUUUGUUUUUAAAAAAUUGACUUUCACAGGUAAUACUUCUGGUUAAAUUGGGCAGUGUCAGAAUAAUAUUACUACCAGUACACCAAAUGAUAGACAGGGUUUAACCAAUCCGGUCAUAAUCUGGAUUUGUUCUGACUUCGCUUAUAUCCUGCAUUCUGUCCACAGACAGAGAUUGAAACUAAACUAGUCCAGAUUCCUGUCAAAUUAUAUAUUUGACCGGCCCUGUCUAUGGAUUAGUGCAGAAAUGUUUAUAAUCUGUAAAUCCAUUUUAACUCACAGGGUACACAGGUAAAAUAAAUUUGCUUUGUUUCAUGCAUCUGUUUGCAGACAGAUCAACAUUGCAAAUGAAAUGUGUUCUCAAUCGCCUUACUUGGAUGACUAAAGGUUAAGUUAAUAAUUUAUAGACCAGUUUAAUUAAGAACACACCUGAAAUAUUCCCUGCAGUAAAAAUGUCACUCUUUUUUUUUUUUUUAUUAUUAUACUAUGAGAUUAAAAGAAUUUUCUUCAGUUUCAGCUUCCCAUGAGGGUAACAAUGGUAAGAAGGCAAUUAUUGAUCAUGAAUUGAUGAUGUUCACUAUGAUUACUUUUGGUCAUGAUUUAUUAUUAUAAUGCUUUGCAGAACAAUCAGGACAUUUUCAGAAAAACUUUUCAGAGAGCAGAAGAACUUGUUUUUGGUUGUAAUUGUGACCACCUGUCAGUUUCUAUCGCUUCUAUUUAUUUGUUUUUUCCUUUUGUCUAUAUAUUUGAGCUCUUCUCGUAAUUGCAGUAAGGCGAGCUAAUGGAUGUUUGCGUUUACACGAAGGAGAUGAAAUACAAGGCCUAAUGUGAGCAGGAUUUUUUUUUUUCUUUAAUUAUUUACGUUCACUUUUUGUUUUGGCAAUGUAAGAAUUGUACUGCUCUGGUCGUUUUUAAAUAAUUGUAUUUUGUAAAGAAGAAGAAGAAUAAAUGAUGAACUAAGUGAACAAACUACACAAAUGUGGAA